GGGUUGGGUAGGCUUGGGAGGAAACCCGUUGGUGGCAGCGUCAUGGCGCGACUGCUGCGAGCGCUGCGGGGUCUGCCUUUGCUGCAGGCGCGGGGUUGCGCGGGAUCGGGAAGCAAGGACACAGGGUCUCUUACAAAGUCCAAGUGCUCUCUAAGCGAAGCAGACUGGCAGAAGAAACUAACCCCCGAACAGUUCUAUGUCACCAGAGAGAAAGGAACAGAAGCGCCUUUCAGUGGAAUGUAUUUGAACAACAAGGAGACAGGGAUGUACCAUUGUGUGUGCUGUGAUAGCCCACUCUUCAGUUCUGAGAAGAAGUACUGUUCUGGCACUGGCUGGCCUUCAUUUUCUGAGGCUUACGGCUCAAAAGGCUCGGAUGAAAGUCACACAGGGAUCCUGAGACGACUGGACACUUCCUUAGGAUGUCCUCGCAUGGAGGUGGUCUGCAAGCAGUGUGAAGCUCACCUUGGCCAUGUGUUUCCUGAUGGACCCAAGCCCACUGGCCAAAGGUUUUGCAUCAACAGUGUGGCCCUGAAGUUCAAACCCAGCAAGCCCUGACUGUUUGCAGGAGGCCCGUGCUUUGUGCUUCCUUGUGGAGCCUUGGUUCUGUAACCCGGAUGGAUGCCUUGCUUUAUGUACUGAAGGUUUAGGUGAAGGUUGUUACUGGCCACAGGGGAGUCACAGCUUCUUAGUCACCUGAAAACAACUCAACCUGACUUCCGCUUGGGCCAUGGGAUUUCAAUUGGCUGCCAAGGCUUCGGUUGAGAGCACAGGGUGGGACCUAGGCAGGAUUUCCACAGGUUCAUGGGCUGACGAGGGUCCCUAAAGCCUCUGAAGGGAACCUAGAUUGGCCAUCUCCAUUCAUUUCUUCAUGGAUGUACACAGAUGAGGGCUCAGGGGGAAGAGAAAGGAGGAGAUGGGCUGGAACAGAUGAGAGAUGGGAGAUCCCAGUGUUGAAGAGGAGGACAGAGUGGCCGAGCAUGGGACACACAUACCCAUGAUGAUAUAAUGGAUGAAACCUGUGACUUCUUAUCCAGAACUCCACUGACUCAGCCUUACAACUCACAGCUGGGAUCCACGUGAAUUGAGUCAAUUCUAGCGACUACGGCAAUGCUCUCCUUCUUUUCUUUGUUACAGCACUAAACUUCAAAUAUUAAAAUAAAAUAUUGAGAUCAA